AUGGCGGCCGAAAUGCAAGAAAAAUUUCGAAUGCUUUUAGCGACGAAACAAGAAAAGCCAAAAAUAAAAAUAAAAAGUUUAGAUGAUAUUAAUAAGGAAGCCGUUAAAGAAUGUAAUAAUAAAUCCGUUGUGAUAAACGAUGAAAAUUAUAAAGAAAAUUUCAUUUCCGGUUGGAAAUCAAAACUUAAAUCCGAUUUAGAUGAUGAAAAUAUUGAAAUGAAUUUAGAUGUGGCCGUUGAAAUUGUCGGUAGUGACGUAAACACCACCGAAGUCAAAUUAGAUGAUGAUAUUACAACGGAAAAUAAUUUAACCGACGAGAGAAAUUUUAAUAAAAAAAAUGAACAUAAAAUAACGAGAAAAAAAAAUAAAAUUAUUAUUAACGGUUCUGUUAAAGUCAAAGACCGGAAACAAUCGAUGACGGAUGAUGAUGAUGAUGAUGAUGAUGAUGAAAAUGAAGCUGAUACCAGCGACAGCGAUCGUCUUGUUAUCCAAGAUGAAGAAAAACCAAAUCCUAGUCUUCUUCAUUGUUUGUUACUUAAGGGUAAACAACAAAUGCCUUUGGACAUAGAUCACGAUUAUUUAAUGAAAGUAAAAGAAGAAGAUACUAAAAUAAAACAAGAACCCGCCGAUGAUCAAGAGGAUGAAGACAUAGCAGAAGAAAUAGCAGAAGAUAGAUUAAAUCAAAUAAUAAAAGAUGAAAUGGAUUCGGAAACGGAUCAAGAAAGCGAACCGGAUGAAAAUUCAGAUAUCGAAAUAACGGAAAUGGAAGUUAAAGUCGAUCCGACAUUAUAUUUUUCAAACGCUAGUCAAAGUGGUAACGAAAUCGAACAAGAUUCUCAAGAUGGUCAGGAUAGUUUAACGGUUGACAGUAGCGUAAAUAGUAAUAGUAAUAGCGAAAAUGGAUUAAUAAUAAAUACAAAAAUACAAAAUUUAUCUGAAAGUGAAAAAAAAGAAACGGAUAAAUGUAAAUCGGGGGGAGGUGAUGGUCGGCCAUUGGUCAUGACAAGACUUCAACAAAAAAUGAAUCCCGUCAUUGCGAGUUUAAAAUUAGGUAAACCUUAUAAAUGUACACUUUGUCCUCGUUCAUUUAUAACCGACAUCGGAUUGCAAAAUCAUUUAUGGUCUCAUUUACCUAAAUCUAGAAAAUCUCAAUCUAAUGGCGGAAGUAUGAUACCGAAAAAUAUCGAUUUGGAAGGUAGUCAGGUAUAUUCAUCGAAUGGCGUCUUGCACACGGCUCAUCCAUCGGAAAAUCCACAUUUAUUAAAAUACGUUUGUCCCAUUUGUGGUAAGAAAAUUUCAACGAAAGGUAAUUUAAAAGUACAUUUGGAAACUCAUAGGCCGAAAGGAAAAUACGUUGUGAUAUAUGUGGAAGAAUUUAAAACUGCGGCAAACUUAUUUAGACAUAAAGAUUAUCACGGUGGAGUACAAUUUCCGUGUCCGGUUUGUGGUAGAGUUUAUCCAACGAAUUCAACCCUUAGAGCUCAUAGUAUAACUCAUUCUGAUUUGAGACCUCAUAAAUGUCCGUUAUGCAGUAAAACAUUUAAAAGAAAUCAAGAUUUAAAGUUUCAUAUCAAUCAACAUACCGGUGCUCGUCCAUAUCAGUGUCCAUAUUGUCCAAAAGCAUUUGCUAGUUCUGGAAAUUGUUUUUCACAUAGAAAACGUAUGCAUCCGUUAGAAGUUGAACGUGAUAAAGAAAGAGCAGCCGAAAUAAUGGGUUAA